AAAGGAACCCCUUGUUCCCGCCAUCAAAUACCUCUCACAUAUCAAACCUUGCCGCCAAAUUUCCCAGAUCUAUCACGCAGAAGCCAUGGACACCAUCUCAAGCUCCCGGAAGCGGAACCACUCUUACGGUACAUUCACCCGCAGCAGAUCACAGCUCUUCCUUCACCGCAACCGUUCCGGUCAACUCCGCUUCGAUCCCGUUCCGACACACGACGAUACCUGCGCCGAACUCGUUGGCCUUCGCCGGGCCGCCACGAGUUGCAAGAAACUGAAACGUGACGACGGCGACAUUCCUCGCCCUCUCACCAAGGACCUCCGCGCCAGACGAGUUUACUCUCCCCCGCAAUCCCGCCACCACGAUGAUUCCGAUUGUACGGAUCGGAAGAAAAUGAGCGCCGAUGCUACUGAGACUUCUGACUUGGGGCUUUCUUGCGAGGCUCCGGGUUUUGAUCGGGGGAAUGGUGAAUCGUUAGAGGAGAGCAGGGAUUUGCAAGAUCGCAGGGGAAAGAACGGUGGGGAUUGUUCGGGGAAAAUUGACGGUUUGGAUGGAACGACUCUACCUGAUGCUGAGAUUUGCGGUGGUUCGAAGGUUAACGAAGAUGAGAGGAAACAUGAAGCGGAGGCUCUCGUUAAGGAUACGCCUCAUACUGAUAGCAAGAAGAAUGAUUCUGCUUUUAAGAGUAAAUCUGUUCUUAGACCACGUUUCCAGGGAAAAUUAUAUAAGGCUCCAGGUUCCGUCAAUUACGGAAGGUUGUUUCCGUUUCUAAUGGAUACCGUGGGAGGUGAUUCUGGAACGCGCACGUCACAAUUGGGUUUUUGCCUGAAAGAUGAGGAGAAUGGAGGGGAAUUCCGACCUUUGUCAUCUCCAAGUGAAGAAGCUUCUAAAGCAGAACUCAAGACCGAUGGGUGCACAAUGCCUGGUACUAAUGGGUCAAAAUUGAUAUCUCCCCACUGCUUACAUGAAUCAGAUAUGCUAUUAGAUUCGAAAGAAGUGGCUACUGAGUGUUUAUCUGUGUCACCUGUGGAGGAUAAAUGCUUGAGUGAAUCAAAGGUGGAUGCCGCUGCAGAUUAUGGUGAUAAAAAUGUUGGAUGUGAUUUGCACGAUGAUGACUUUAAGCAAUUGUCUAAGGCUAGUAGUAAUCACAGUGCUUGUGCCUUACUGGAGUUUGGUGUUUUGAAUGAAGAAUGUAUACUGACAACUCCUCCUGAUGCUGAUAUACAUGAUAACUCAAAGGGCAUUGUAGAACAAUUAGAGAGCAUAUCCCAUGAUGAUCGACAUGUCAAACCCAUGGAUUCGACCAGAAGCACUCAGGAAAAUGCCGGUGAAGGGUUUUGUCAGAAAACUUAUAGGGGGAAAGAUUCUCUUAGUAAUAAACCUGUGCCUAGACAACAUUUGCACAGGAAACUUUUUAAAACCCCAGGUUCCGUCAGCUAUAAAAGGUUGCUUCCAUUUCUAAUGGAUCUUACAAAGGACGACACUGGUACAUCCAAAUUUGACCAUCAGACUCAUCGUCAAAAAGAUGAGGCAGAUAUACAUGCAAAGAGGUUCCAACUUCCUUUGUCAUCUCAAAGAAAAGAAGCUUCUAUAGAUGAACACAAGACAGACAGCAGUCCCAUGCAUGGCACAGUUGAGUUUAAUUCUUUGGAAAACUAUGUAUUAGCUAAUCCUUCUAAUGAGUUAUCUCCUGGCAACCAGUCAAAAUCGACAACCCUCCAAGACCUUCCUGAAUUGCCGAUGCAAGUGGAUCCAAAAGAAAUGGUUCGUGAGGGUUUAUCUGCACCCUCUGUCAACGAACAUAUUGAGAAACUUGUGAUUGGUUCUAAAGAUGAACGCUCGAGUGUAUCAGAGUUGAAUCCAAGUUCAGUAACUGUGGAUGAUUUUCACUCUACUAAGAAUGUUGCGCAAAAUGAUGACUUCAAGGAAGUACAGGAUAUGAUAUCCACACAACACAAUAGUGAGUCACCACCCAAAGAUCAAAACAUGCAUAAUAUUAACGGUGAUGACUCUGAUCUUAUAUUUGAGCGUCAUUCAAGUAAAGAAAAAGGAUACACUGUCGAUCAUGAUGAAAGCAAGCAGUUUGUGAAUCCGGAGGAGCGUGAAUGCGUUAGCAGAUGUCCUCCCAAAGGUCAGAGUCUAAGACAAUUGGAUACUAAUUCGAUAGAUGCUGAGGAGAAUGAAACAAGCAGUCAUGCAAUUAUUAGAAAUGAUAAUUGUGUGGUUUUAAAGCAUGGUCGGGUUUCAAAUAAUGUACUAAGAUCACCAUCUGAGAAGAUUGUCUCAGAAAAAUCUGACAUGGCAGGGCACAGUGGUGACAAAGCAUUAAGUGUCCUGAAAGGCAUAAAUGGUUGUCAAACUGAAAAUGGCUCUGAAUCCAAGAUCACGUCGGUUCUUAAACGUUGUCCGCGGAUUAGAUUGUUUAAACAGGCUGGAUCUUUAAACUACAAAAGAUUGCUUCCAUUUCUCUUGAAUACCGUGGAAAAUGAUUCUUGUGCUUCAGUAAAUGAUCGUUACCCAAAACUUCGGAAGUCUAUGGAUCAAACACGUCUUCAACCAAUUUCAACUUCAAACUUGCGACUAACUUCUCUAAGUGAUUCAAAUGGAUGUGUUCCUAUGGAACAUUGUGCUGGCAAUUCUGGUACUCCGCAACAAACAGGGUUGCAUGCAUGUGAUUUCAAUAAUGAUCGUUCAAGCUCAAAAUCUCAAAUUCCUGAAUGUCAAUUAUCUCGCGAUUCAUGCAAAGUGAUUCAACUGCAAGAUGAAAAGAUGAUAUUAAAUGGACUCUGCAAGCUAGAAAAAGGGCCCACACCUGCCUUAUCCAAUUCAUCAGUUUUCUCCGAAGUAAAAGAAAAUAGUCCUUUCUUGAUAUCAUGUAAUGAGAAGUCACCUGAAAGACACGACUGUUGUCAGAGUUUGUCUCAAUUGAAAGUCGUAGAGCAACUUGGAGUUCCUGCCGUUGGUUUCAAAAAAGGAAUUUUAAAAAGAAAUCCAAGAGGAUGCAGAGGGAUCUGCACAUGUUUGAACUGUGUUUCUUUUCGCCUUCACGCUGAAAGAGCAUUUGAAUUUUCUAGAAAUCAGUUGCUAGACGCCGAAGAGGUUGCCCAUGACCUUAUGAAGGAACUAUCUAUUCUAAGAAGUAUGUUAGAAACAUCUGCUGAUAGUGUCAACGACAACCCUGUUUUUGAUGGAAGCCAAGUGAAAGAAGCAUGCAGGAAAGCAUUUGCAGCAGAAGAACUUGCAAAGGACCGUUUCAGUCAGAUGAACGAUGAUCUUAACAUCCAUUGCAGAAUAACGAGCUUGCAGCCACCAAGGGUUACAUUUGCAGUUCACGUUGAAGAAAAAGUCAUUCCACCAGACGGGUGAUUGUCUAGUUGCAGUCUUACACUAGUUAUCCUCUCAUCUUAGAAUUUUGUUUGUAGGAGUGAAAAUACAUUAGGUUGAUGCUUUGAAACAGGAAGUGAGAGCAAGAGCGAAUGAGCAGAGCCUUACAGAUUUUUACUUUUAUUUUUUGUCUUUUUAUUUUUUAUUUUUGGUUGUAAUUUUUGUUAUUGUAAAUACCUUUUUUCCCCAAUGAUAUGA